AUGUCAAGGGCUUUUCUGCUCCCUCAAUAUGUAUCGACAUACGAAGGUGAUCUGGUGGCCAAGUGUUAUUUUGCUAAGCAUAAACUUGUCUGGGAAGUUCUUGAAUGUGGUCUCAAGAGCAAAAUAGAAAUCCAGUGGUCUGAUAUCAUGGCCCUGAAAGCCGAGUCUCGGCCUACCUUUUUCCGAGAGAUCAAUCCACAACCCAAAAAGCACACUCUGUCGCAGGCAACCACUGAUGGACAGGCUAGCUUUAAGUUAUCCUUAUUUUCCCCCCUUUUGUUGCAAUAUUCAAAGCUUGUGGAAGUUAUAUUUCCUUGGUUUCUAUGUCGCUUGACUGAAUGCGCCAAAAGCCAACAUACCAAUUUCUUCUGCAAUGUGAGAAGAAAUAAUGAUUUCGUCACUGUAAUAAUGGGCUCAAACAGUGUGAUAAUCGUCUUAGUAUCUUAA